AUGCCGCCACCGAUGCUGCAGGCGGAGCGAUCCGCUUUGCAGGCAGCCCUGGCGAAGGCGGGCAGCUCAAAGCUCGCAUCUUUCGCGAUCUUUGCUCUGUGGCUUCCUGUGUGGUCUCAGGCGGAGCAGGAGAACCAGAAGUUUGCGGAAGAUGAGGCCGGUGGCAAGCCCACAAGAGCAGACAAGAUCCCACCUGCCGAGCGGUUCCCCACUGUCAGUUGGGCUGGAGGCCGACUUGAAGAGCAUGAGGAACCGCGCCGAGACCAAGGCCAAGCAGGCGAAGGCCGAGAGGCGGAGCUUGGAGUCGAAGCUGACGGAGCUCGAGGCCGAGGCCAGUGCACGGACGGCGGAGCUGGCCACGGCCCUCGCGGCAGAGAAGGCUGGAAAGCGAAAGCUCGAGGAGCAGCUUGCUCAGGAACACGCCGCACGUGCCGCAGCCACCUCACAGCUGAAGCAGUCAGCAGAGGCGCUAGAGCUGGAGCAGGUCGCCAAAGUGGAAUCCGAGAAGC